AUGCCCCAAUAUGAAGAUGCCAAUUCAUCACUCGAUCAUUCAGAUUCACAAUUCGAAAAGAUUGCUUCUUCCUCUUAUCGUGGAUUGCCUUCUUUUCAAUUAGAACAUCACACCAAGAAUAUUUUAAUUCCAUCAUCGACGACAAGUGGCAGCAAUCAUCAUCCACAACAAUCACCAACAUCCACGAGAGGAUCACCACAAACGACAAACUCUCAUAUUUCAUCACCGAAUGGAUCGAAUUCAUCGUCUCCGUUGCCUCAAAAUUCUCGUCAGCAAUUAAAUUUUUCUUCGACUUCGACACAACCUUCGCAUAAUCAUUCGUCGACACGUGACAGCAAAGUCGAUGUUCAAAAUUAUAGCCCACCAACCAAUAAUACAUCGUUUUAUCGACAACGAAAAACUCCAGUCAUGUAUCAACGAAAUUCCCCCAUGACUGCCCAUACUCAAAACGGAAUGACAAGUGGCAGCAAUCAUUCGCCGGCCGUCACGCUGGAGCACUCUACACCUACCACUUCCAACAAUAAGAAAUCAACCAAUUCACCAGCAGCCUCUAUAGGAAUCAACAACAAUAUUGGUAUUUCAUUAGGAACUUCAACAAAUUCGACGGCAUGGUCUUCCUUUUCUUCAAGUCCUCCAUUUUGUGAUAUUAAUCCGAGUCCAAUAUUUUCGAGUUCUCCAUUUCCGAAAGCUUCGAUUCAUACUUCGAAAUUGAAUAUUGACGAUGUUCGAAGCUCGUUGAUUGCGACGGGAAUUUUCGCAGUGACUCGAAAAUUUCUGAGCACUCCACUCAUGUACAUUAGAGGUAGUUUACCUUGUCCUCUCGAAUUUUCCGAUCAUAACAACAUUUAUCUCAAUAAGGACGUUCUCACUCAUCGAAGAAAUAUUUCCUCUAAAACUGCCAAAAUUCCCAAUGCCAUGGAUGAAGAUGAAGACGAUGAAGACAUUUCGAGCAUUCACACUCCUUCUCUUUCUAAUAUUUUAAUUAAUAAUCAUUUUGGAGAAAGCAAACCAAAUUCACAUGUGAACUCACAUUGUAGUCGUUUUGAAUUAAGCAGUGGAAAUAUUUCAACGUUUGGAUCGCUUUUGCAAACUCCUGGCUCUAGUUUUGGAGAUCCUUUAUUGGCUUCUUCUUCAUCAAUUGCAAGCCAUCGAAUGAAAAGUAGUGGCACUCCUAUUGGAAGUGAACUCAUUCCACCCACAUAUCGAUACACGGCCAUGUAUCAACAAAUGAUUCAAGAACAACAAAAACAACAAGAAUUGAUGAAAGAUCAACAAGAGGGACUGUCUUCGACCGAAAAGCAAGUGUCACAGGAUGAUGUGACAAGUAGUCAAAAUUUAAUGACACAUCAAAAACCCAACACUGAAAUGGACACUUCAAAUUCGAACAUGAAUCAUGCAUUACCUCUUUCCUCACCAGCUUCACCUCAACAACAACGAGACAACUCGUCUUGUACCUCUCCAACUCAAAAUAUUGCAUUUCAUCGAUUUUCAUUGGGUUCUACUUUUUCUCCACCUCAAGAAACUGUUUUUCGUGCUUCGGAUCAAUUUGUGACAUCUCCGAUGAGUCCGAAUCAUCCAGUGCAAGGAUUAAUGAGUCAGAGCCCAACCUCGUUGUUGAAUCCUGAGGAAUUUGCAUUAAGGCGAUCGACAGUGUCAAGUUCUGGAAGAAGAUAUUCGACUGGAAGUGCUUCAUUUCCAAAUGGUGAAGAUCCGGCCGUUGUAAUGACAAGUGGCAGUCAGUUGACUUCUCCACCAACGUCUGUCAAUUCUCCACCUGUGCAAUCUCAUUUGACAGGAGUGUUGACAGAACCUCCAUCUUCGAACUCGUCACAAUUUUCACACACUACAAUGAACCAAUUUGGAGAAGGCGGAAUGGGAUACAACUCUUCCACUAUUCAUCAAUAUCGAGAAGCCCUUCGAAAACAACAAGAAAUGGAGCCAGAAAUGGAACGAUUGAAACGUCUCUUUUUGGAACAGCAACAGCAACAAGGUCAACUUUCUCAUGGAAUUUCCAUUCUUGGAAAUCAACAUCAUCAUGGCAUGCCCAUUCACGAACAAGAUGAAAAUGCAAACACACAUUCCAGUAGUUACACAGAAUACACCUAUUCUCAAGAAGAACAAGCACUCGCUCAACAAGAUCAUGGAAUUAAACGAAAACGAAGAGAACAUGAAGAAUUUGAUGCACAAAAGAAACCCAAAGAAAUGAUCCACACGACAUACCAUUCUUCCAUGUAUUCAUCAUCAACCAUUCCACAAACGUCACAUCAUCAUCAUUCUCAACCUUAUUCUUCUGGAUUUUCACACAAUUCCAUUUAUGGAACCAUGAUGAGAGAUCCUGUCACUUCUCCCAACUCGAGCAUGACAACAACAAGUAGUAGCACUUCAGGUAGUGGUGGCAUUUCCAUGAUGUAUGCUUCUCAUCAACAACCACAUGCGUCACAACAACAACCAACCUUAAUGCAUCAACGUUCUUCCCUUAAUGUCUUAAAUUCCCUUAAUCAUUCCAUGUCAAAUUACGAUCAUACCACAAGUGCAAUUUCAAACUCACAACAUUCACAAUUAUCCAAUGCAAAACCGCCUUCGAAAAAGGACAAAUUUUUUGGAUUUUUUGGAACUUUAUUUGGAAAAAAUUCAAAACCUUCGACCAAUGCUCCAUUGCAACAUUCAUUGAAUGCUCAUCCUCAACAACAACAUGUUGCCAUGACUGAUGAAUUUCAAACUCUGGAUCGAAGUUUAAGUAAUCUUUCAUUGGAACAUUCUCAAAUGAGAAUGGAAGAUGACCAAUUGUCACAUUUAAAUUCACAUACUUCUCGACCACAUGGAUCGAUUCAACAACAUCAACAGCAUUCACAACUUCAACAUCAUCACAGUUUCCACAUGUAUCCAAAUUCUUCUUCGACGCAUCAUUCGAACCAAACUUUCACAAACACGUCACUUGUCAAUUAUCCAAAUUCUCAACAUUCCAAUCAUUUUUAUCAACCUUCUCAAACCACAACAACAACUUUAAACAUGUCUUCGAAUGUGGUUCCUUCUCAAAUACAUCCAAGUCAUGUUCAUUCAGGUCAUUUUCAUGUUGUUUAUAAUCCAGAAAUUGGAGAACCACAAUUUCCUGCAAGUCCACCAAGUCCACAAAAACAAAAUCCAACAACUAGUUUGAAUUCUCAAAAACAACUGUCAAAUGUCACCACUUCACCUACCAGCAGUCAUCCACCCAGUACAUUUUCUGACCAUUCUCCUCGCAUCCUGACAUCAUCUUUGAAUUCGAAUACUCCUCGAAAUCAUCCAACUGCUUCCUCUUCCCUGUCAAAUGCGACUCUUCAAAAUUCCAUAAUUUCCUCGAACACCACUUCUCCUGAAACAACCACGACCACUACCAAUGGAAAUGACGAAGAUUUUGAUACGGGAGGAGGAAAUGGACCUACUUCUGAUGAUGACGCCUUACUCGACGAUAUGGAUGAUGAACCGAAUAGUCUCGCCCGUGGAGUCACAAAAGAAAAUGCAACAAAAAAUUCAUUGGGAGAAUAUGUGUGUGAUGUGUGUGGAAAAACAUUUGCUCAAUUUGCCAAUUUGAAACGACAUUUAAGACUUCAUUCGGGAAAUAAGCCCUAUACCUGUACGUUUGAGGGAUGCGAUAAGAAAUUUGUGAGACGUUCCGAUUUGCAAACACACAUGAGAAUUCAUACCGGUGAGAGACCAUAUGUGUGUAAUGUUGAAGGAUGUGGAAAGACAUUUACGACUUGUUCGAAUUUGAGAAGACAUGAACGAUCGGUGCAUAGUGGAGGAGGAGCUUCUGCUAGCGCAUCAUCGAGUGGAAAGAAAAAGUAA